UCCCUGCGUAUGUGGAGGAGGCUUGGGAAGGUACGUACCUUUUAUGGAGCUGUCGGGUGCCUCCAUCCAGAUUGCCAUCAUUGGUCAAGCCUCACUCCACAUGAAGCUAUCUCGUCCUUAGCAGCCAGCCUGGUUACCAAAAUUUCAAGAAACUCCAUCCCAUACGCCGUAUAUCAACCAUAGCCACAGGACAUCACAAACCCAAUUCGCCCCCUACCAAAACCCUCGCAACAAUGGAUUCGGAUUCGGUAAAGACGGCUAUAGUCAAGCAGGUUCUGGUCGAGUCCAACACGGCCAAUGCAAGGCAGCUCAUCGAGAAAAUCAACGAGAACUGCUUUACAAAGUGUGUACCGAAGCCUGGCUCCUCCAUCUCAAGCAGCGAGAGCUCUUGUGUUACCCAGUGCAUGGAGAAAUACAUGGCAGCAUGGAACCAAGUCAACUCGGCCUAUUUGCGGAGGAUACAACAGGAGGUUGGCAACAACUCCUUCACAUAAACCCCGGCAGGCUUUCCACAAGCACCCCGACUCCUCUGUAUUACCAUACCAAUCACCAGGCGGCUUGAGGCAUUCGACAAUGACGGCAGCGGGAACAGGAUAGACGAUCUGAUAUUGAGGGAACAUUCUGUACUUCUGUAGAUUAG